AUGGCAUUGUCAAAAGAUGAAGAUGAAGAUGAAAAUGAAGAUAUGUCAAAUUUGCACGAUGGAGUAGAUAAACGCAUGAUGGACGAAGAACUCGAAAAUCAAAGAGGAGUUGAUAUAUUGGCUACGGAAAUGGAAAUGGAAAUGCAAAGGGAAAGGGAAAUGAAGUCUACGAGUACGAAGAGUAGAGAGCUGGUUUUGGUUCAUAGACCGGCUGUAACUGCAGAGGGAGCGGUGGAUGGGGAAGAGAGAGAGGAGAGAAAGGAGGGAGAAAGAAGGGAGGGAGAAGAAGAUGUGAGAGAGAGACCCGUGAGAGACCCGCGAGAGACCCGCGAGAAAGAAAAGUUUGAGAGAUCGAGUGCUAGUUUCAGAAAUCGUUUCAAUGAGAUGAAGAGGGUGGAAUUCAUGGGAAUUAUUGGACUUGUUGGACUUGUGAGAUAUGUAAAGGAGUUUGUGGGUGGGAAAUGUAUUGUUGAGGUGUGGCGGGAGUGGAGGGAGAGAAUGGAGGAGGAGGAGGAUAGAAUGGUAGGGGAGGUGGAUAGGGAAUAG